AUGCCCUUUCCUUCGGAUCGGCUGAGCCUGGCGUUGCUCCUGGCCGUGGUGACUCGGCCCGGGCUGGCGGGGCCAGUCCGCGCUUGCGAUGCCAACGGGAGCCUGUACUUCGUCGGCGAGUGGUACUCCCUGGAUAGCGACCCCUGCGUCCAGUGCGAGUGCACGGCGGAAGGAGCGGCUUGCGCCCGCGCGGACUGCGCCGCUCUGCCGCCGGCCUGCGUUCACGUCAGCCACUAUCCGAGCGACUGCUGCCCGCGCUGCGAACGCAUCGGCUGUGAGCACCGAGGACAGGUUUACGAACUGGGGCAGCAUUUUCAGCCUUCUGAAUGUGAGCAGUGCACUUGUGACUUGGAUGGAAUUGCCCGCUGCCUAGUAGCAGACUGUGCCCCCCCACCAUGUGUCAACCCCAUCUACGAGAAAGGCCACUGCUGCCCUAUCUGCAAGGAAGGACCAAACUGCUACGUAGAUGGGAGCCAGCACAACAUUAUUCCCGCUGGAGAUAGCAUCUGGGUCGGUCCCUGUAUUCGCUGCCGCUGUCACGAUGGACAAGAUGCUGGCUACUGGGAAGGAAACCACUUAGCUAAAUGUGAGCAGCUGGCAGGAUGCCUAGACACCAUUCCUAACCCCUUUAAAUAUUAAGUGGUUCCUUAACCACAUCUCAUCUCUUUAAGGGCUAAGUUACAAAUGAACCCCACCAGAUGCUGUUCUGCCAACUCCAAACUACAAUUAUCCAUCCUAGACCCUGAUCAGAGUCCAGUUCCCUACUCUUCUGCUAUCUAGGCCUUCUAGGAAAGACCCUUCAGUUGCUGCUGCACUACAAUCCCCAUCAUCCCUUGCCAAUGGCUCCCUGGCUAGGGUUGCUGGGUGAUAUACUUCUGCAAUAAUUGCAAGACAACCACAAUUUCCCCAUCCCUGCUCCCCAAUCACAUUGCCAAUAGCAAUCUCUGCUAUAUUUUAUAUAGGAUUUAACUUUUAUGCCUAUCUUCUCCUCCCAGGAUUCCAGUCAAUUCCACUCAAAAGACAGCCUCUUUUGUACAGUGCUGUACUGAAUAGCUUCAUCUGCAUGUACUCCUUGACUAUACGACAAUAAA